AUGUCUUUACUUCAACAAAAAAAAUUUGGCAAUACUGGCCUAAAAGUUUCCCCAAUUAUUAUUGGUUGUAUGUCAUUUGGUUCAAAGAAGUGGAGUGAAUGGGUUGAAGAUGAUAGGGAAAAAAUAUUUAAAAUAUUAAAAUAUGCGUAUGAUAAAGGUUUACGUACAUACGAUACAGCCAAUGUAUACAGUAAUGGUGAAAGUGAAAUAAUAUUGGGUGAAUUUUUAAAGAAUUACAAGAUCCCAAGAGAAACAGUAAUUAUUAUGACAAAAUUGUACUUUCCAACUAAUGAUAACGCUGAUUAUGAUAUAUUUUCGAUGACACCAGAAGCAAUAUUGAAUAAUGUGAACAUUACUGGUUUAUCUCGGAAAAAUAUUAUUAAUUCAGCAAGGGACUCAGUAAGAAGAUUAGGAACAUAUGCUGAUAUCAUCCAAAUCCAUAGAGCUGAUCCUGAUACUCCAUUUGAAGAGACAAUGAGAGCAUUAAAUGAUAUUGUCGUUGAUGGGUUAACAAGGUAUAUAGGUGCUUCAUCUAUGUUAGCGACAGAAUUUGUAGAAAUGCAAUUUAUUGCAGAAAAAAACGACUGGUUUAAAUUCAUUAAUUCCCAAUCAUGUUACAAUUUGUUAUACCGUGAAGAUGAAAGGGAAUUAAUUCCAUUUGCUAAAAGACACAACAUUGCAUUAACCCCAUGGUCACCUUUACAACGCGGUGUUUUGUGCAGACCAGUUGGAGAAACCUCUACCAGAUUUGAAAAGGAUCAAUUUAUGAGUAUUGGGAACAUUAAAGAUAUCAACUCUAGCGAUGAAGAGAUAAUCACUAGAGUUGAAGAAAUUGCUAAAAAAAGAAAUACCAAAAUGGCAACUGUAGCCUUAUAUUGGGUAAUACAGAAAGGUUGCUUCCCAAUAGUUGGAAUGAGUAAAAUAGAUAGAAUCGAUGAAGCUAUUGCCGCUCUUGAAAUUAAUUUGACAAAAGAUGAAAUGACGUAUUUAGAAGAGCCAUACAAACCAAGAGAUUUAAUUAUGUAG